AUGCGCUUUUUCUCUCUUACCUUUCCCGCUGUUUGCGCGGCUGCAGCAGUCUCCAAGUGCGAAAACCCUACCAAGCGUAUUGAAUGGCGCGAGCUUGAUGAUGCAGCCCGCCAACAGUACACCGACGCCGUUCUGUGCCUCUCAACCAAGCCAUCCCGUCUCGGGUUGAACACCACUCUUUACGACGACUUUCCCUACGUUCACGCUCAUUUGGACAAGCAGAUCCACGCCGUUGCUUCGUUUCUCCCCUGGCACCGAUACUUUGUGCAUGUCUAUGAGGGUGCCCUCAAGGAAUGUGGCUAUGAAGGAGCUAUGCCGUACUGGGACUGGUCCCUCGACGCCGACGACACGCCCAAGUCCACCAUCUGGGAUCCCAAGACUGGCUUCGGCGGCAACGGCAGCCCCAACAAGACCGAGUCUAUCUACGAUGGGCGUGCUGUUAGAAAGUGUCUCGACGACGGACCUUUCAAGGACCUCUUUCCUGCCUACCUGACCACUGAGUACGAUCCCCAUUGUCUGGCGCGAGAUUGGAACGAUGGAAGUGAAAAUGUUGGGAAUAUGUUGUCGGAGAACUAUAACAAAGAGGCAGUUGCAAAAGUUCAGGCGGUCAAGGACUAUGAUCACUAUCGUCAGAAGUUGGAGGCUGGUCCUCACGGUGCUAUCCAUAGUGCGAUUGGUGGUGAUAUGAUUCCCAACACGUCCCCCAACGAUCCCAUCUUCUUUCUUCAUCACACCCAGAUCGAUCGACUCUGGUAUCUCUGGCAGCAGGAGAGCCCCAAGGCUCGCAGCAUGGAGUUCGCUGGCUACAAGACUCAGGAUCAGUUCGACGGAACCAAGCCUCCUCCUGCUUCCCUCGAGGAUACACUCCUCAUGAAUGGCUUGGCGGAUGACUUGAAGGUCAAGGAUUUGAUGAUCACUCAGAGCUCACUUCUCUGCUAUUACUACUAG